CUGCUGUCUCCUCAGGGCGGCCAUGACAGCUGCUCUUGUUUUGGUUCACCUGGUGAGGGUCUCUGGCGUUCUGCGUUCAGAUUGAUCUGACGCAACAGAAGGGGCGCGAGGAGCCGCUUACCCUGCUGCACCGUUGCGAGUCCGCGGCUCGGAAACGCCGCCCGGGCUGCCCCGCGCCGGGGACAGAACAGGGACCCCCGGGCCGGCUGUCCGCUCCCCACCCCGAGUCCGAUGACGGCGGCGGCGUCCAGGGCCCCGACGCAGGGCAGGGUGACCUUUGAAGACGUGGCCGUGUACUUCUCCUGGGAGGAAUGGGGUCUCCUUGAUGAGGCUCAGAGAUGUCUGUACCAGGAUGUGAUGCUGGAGAACUUGGCACUUAUAACCUCCUUGGGUUGUAGGCUUGGAGCAGAUGAGGAGGAGGCCCCAGAGCAGAGAGUGUCUGUGCAAGGAGUGUCACAGGUCAGGAUUUUGAAGGCAGUUGUGUCCCCCCAAGAGGUCCAUCCUCGUGAGGUGUGUGGCCAGGACCUGAGAGACAUUUUGCUCUCCACCGAGCACCAGGCAACACUUUGUGGACAGAAUCACUACCAGAUUGGGGCCUGUGAGAAACAGUGGUAUUUUGGUGCAAACCUUCAGCACCAGAAGCAGCACACUGGAGAGAAAUGCUUCAGAAGCAGCAUGGGCAGAGCCUCUUUUGUGAAGGACAAUGAAUUCUGUGUAUCAGGGAAACCUUUUUCCUGUGGGGAGGUUGUGAGGGACAGCUUGGCCACCUCAAGACUGCUCCAGCAUCAGGCCACACACACCAGGGAGAAGUCAUGCAGGAGAACCGAGUACGGGGCAUCCUCUCAUGGAAGGAAAGCACAACACAACUGGGGAAAAGGCACGCAGGACUUCACUUGCACACAUGCACUUGUUCAUCCCCAGAGAGACCUCCCUAGAGAAAGAUGCUUCAUGUGCAGUGAAUGUGGUAAAUCUUUUAGCAAAAGCUACAGCCUCAGUGACCACUGGAGAGUGCACACUGGGGAAAAGCCUUACGAGUGUGGGGAAUGUGGGAAGUCCUUCAGGCAGAGCUCUAGCCUCAUUCAGCACCGGAGAGUUCACACUGGAGCAAGGCCUCACGAGUGUGAUGAAUGUGGGAAAUUAUUUAGCAACAAGUCCAACCUCAUUAAACAUCGGAGAAUUCACACUGGAGAACGGCCCUAUGAGUGUAGUGAAUGUGGGAAAUCCUUCAGUGAAAGCUCUGCACUCCUUCAACACCGCAGUGUUCACACUGGAGAAAGGCCUUAUGAGUGCAGUGAAUGUGGGAAAUUCUUUACCUACCACUCCAGUCUCAUUAAACACCAGAGGGUUCACUCAGGAUCAAGGCCCUAUGAGUGCAGCGAAUGUGGAAAAUCCUUCACUCAAAACUCCAGCCUCAUUGAACACCGUAGAGUUCACAGUGGAGAAAGGCCUUAUAAGUGCAGCGAAUGUGAGAAAUCUUUUAGCCAAAGCUCUGCGCUGCUUCAACAUCGGAGAGUUCACACGGGAGAAAGGCCUUAUGAGUGCAGCGAGUGUGGGAAAUUCUUUACUUACAGUUCCAGUCUUCUCAAACACCAGAGAGUACACACUGGAUCGAGACCUUAUGAGUGCAGUGAAUGUGGAAAAUCCUUCACUCAAAACUCCAGCCUCAUUAAACACAGGAGAAUUCACACUGGAGAAAGACCUUACAGGUGCCACGAAUGUGGCAAAUCCUUUAGCCAUAGUUCUAGCCUCAUUAAGCACGGAAAAGUGCACACUGGAUAAAGGCUUUAGGAGUACAGUGACUUUGGGAAACGUUUGACGUGUCUUCCAUUUCAGUGACCAUUCAAAUUUUCACAUUGAAAAAGGCUUUGUGAGUAUUUGAACGUAGGCUAAUAUUUACCUAGAAGUCCAAGCUCUUACAACACCACGUUAUCUCCUUAAAUGAAAGCCUGCGAAUGUGGUGGAAAUUGUGGGAAGUGGCCAACCAGAGGCUAGCCUCAUUGCACUCCAGAGAACUCGUAGUAGUGAAAGGCCUUCUGAAUGCAGUGACUCUGGGAGAGCCUUCACCCGAAGGACUCACCUCAGAGGAUAUCACAAAUUGCAGAUGGGAGAACUACCUUAAAUGUGCAGGUAUUUAUAAGUGGAAUGUAACAACACUGGAAGAGGUCCCUUGUGAGGGUGCCAUUUGCCUGUGUUGAAGCUCACGCAUUCAAACAUCUGUAUAAAUCUCAGGUGUGCGGCAGCUGCAUCGUACUUUUCCAACCUGCCCAGGGCCAUCCCCAUUGUCAGGGCAAUUGCUGGGUGACUAACGAGUUGCCUGAGCACUGACUCCUUUCCUAUUUUUCCUCCCUGAAGAGAAGGCAUGGAUCUCACCCAGUUUUGUCCUAGAGGAUUAUUGGUGAUUUGAAAAGGUGGACUACAUUAUUCGGGGACAUUGUGGUCCUUGUGAAACUCUCUGAUGAUGCAAUCCCCCAGUCUCCCAAGUCACCAACCCAGGAACAGUCUGCCUCCCAUCGCUCGUGCUUUGUGACAGUAAAGAUCGUAUUAAGCCACCAUUAAUCUUUGCUUGUUUUUUUUUUUUUUUUGGUAAGUGUCUUUACUUUUUUUUUCUUUAAGAUUUUAUUUAUUUAUUCAUGAGAGACAGAGAGAGAGAGAGAGAGAGAGAGGCAGAGACACAGGCAGAGACACAGGCAGAGAGAGCAGCAGGCUCCAUGCAGGGAGCCUGACGUGGGACUCAAUCCCAGGUCUCCAGGAUCACACCCUGGGCUGAAGGCGGUGCUAAACUGCUGAGCCACCCGGGCCCCCCUAAGCCACCAUUAAUCUUGGGGAGUCUGUUCACUGUGUGUGUGUGUUGAGAGCAACUAUUUGCUAGCAUGAAGGGAUGAACAGAGUUGUGUACCUCAGAAGGGACUGUAUGAUGGCAGAAGAUAGCUGUUCAAAGCCUUUGGCUGCUCAGAGCCUUUAAGGAAAGACUACAGGGCUCUGUGGUCCUAACUUAUAGUUGGAUGCCAGGAUGUUUUGUGGGGUUGGCAUUUCAACCCAAAGAGGAGGCAAUUGUUGGUUAUUUGACAACCUUCAGUGCUUCUGAGCAACGUGAUCCUGUUCUCUUGUUCACGGGGGUAUGGAUGGCAUGGUGCUCAGCGCUGGUGAAGGAAAUCUAUUCCCCAGGCCCAGCAGCAGAGCCACGGGUCUUGGUAUCCUGAAUUCUGAAGGGUAACAUCACUAGUUUUGAGAGUGUAAUGCCAGGGGAAUGAUCAUGGUCCCAGAAACACUGGAUUAAUAGUGCAGGAGACCAAGAAAGUGGUUGGAAUGUGCCUCUUUGAGAAGAGCAUGCACAAUGUUUAGGCACCAGGACUAUGAAGGAUGGGUAGGUUCAGAAAUUCUCAGGACCUCCAGAAGGAUCUAUCCUGUGUAGCUGAGGACCUGUCAGAAAAAAUACUCUAAAGGUUUUGUGGAUUCCUUGGUGCCUCUGGGCUGUCCAAAGGCCAUUACUGUGCGUGGCAGCAAAACAGGACAGAGACAGGAGAGAUCUCUUAGUGCAGCAAUGAGGUCUUUGUGACUCAGCCAGUAUCCCUGUUUAAUGAACUGGAAACACCUUCACUGCUCACCUAUUUUUGCUACCACUGAGGCAAGUUCCUUCUGAUGAGGAGACAGACGGUGGAGUCACUAUGGUGGCAAACUUGUUCUAAAGCGUAUGGAAUCCAGACAACUUGAAUCAUAUACUUUUCUUAAGUUAUAAUAAGGUGUAAAUGGCAUUCAGUGUCCAUCAUUAAAUUGUUGCAAUUUGAUAUUUUGACAUUCACAUAAACCCAUGAAGCCAUCAAUCAUGAUUAAUAAGCCUUUUCAUCACCCCCACAUUUACUUUGUGACCUUUAAUAAUCUCUCCUGGAGGCAGGCAUUGAGUUGCUUUUCAUUAUACUAGAUAAGUUUGCAUUUUCUAGAAUUUCUAUGAUUGAAGUCUUAAAGCGUUUCGUCCUCCUUUUCCUUGGGUCCCCUCAUGUGACAUACUCAUUUUAAAAUUCACCUAUGAUGCUUAUAUGAGCAGUCCAUUCUUUGUCUCUUUGAGAAGUAUGUUUUAUCGACAGUGCACUAUUUAUGUAUUCAUGUGUUUAUGGAUAUUUUAAUUGCUUCCAGUUUGGAUGGCUGUAGGUAAAACUGCGGCAGAAGGGGCGCCUGGGUGCCUCGUUGGUUAAGCAUUCCGACUUUUGAUUUGGGCUCAGGUCACGAUCUCAGGGUUGUGAGCUCAAGCCCAGUGAACCCUGUGUUGAGCUCUGCUGUGGGUGUGGAGCCUGCUUAAGAUUCUCUCUCUCCCUUUCCCUCUGCCCCACCCUCCCUUCCUGGCGACUGCCCACCUCUGCCCUGCUGGGGCUUUCUGAGUAAAUAAAUAAAAUUGCAACCAUCCCCCAAAUCCCUAAAAACCCUUCUUAAAAAAAAGAAAAGAGAAAAAAAAAAACUGCUAUUGGAUUUGGAUACCACUGUUCCUAUUGGUAUUGUUCCUUUCUCUUGUCCAUACUGGAAUCCCAGUGUAGGUGAAUGAAUGUAUGACCUCUUAAAGAAUACCAAAUUGUCAUGGAAAAUGAUUAUUCCUUUUGUAUUCCCACUUGCAGUGUAUGAGAGUUCCAGUUCUCUGGUAUCUUUGCACAGGCAGAGGAAGUAGCAGGCUCCACGCAGGGAGCCCAACACAGGACUGGAUCCAGGGUCUCCAGGAUCACACGCUGGCUGAAGGCGGCGCUAAACUGCUGAGCCACCCAGGCUGCCCUUUAGAAACAUAUUCUGAAGGGGUUAGGCGUGAAUGACAAUGUCUGGUAUCAUAAAGAAAUCACUAAGUGCAUAGGGUAGAUGAAAGAGCAACCAUAGAAUGAUAAAUAAUGACAGAAUAACAACUUUCUAAUAGUCUUUUCGGUUUUGGGAAUAUAUUUGAAAAUGCCAUUACGAAGAGUAGAAUAUGUCCUGUUAGGAGUAAUCUGCUUCUUACUGACCUGCUAUAAAUCAGAGGCUCCCCUGACCCCUCCUCUUACUUGACUGUCUUGCUGGGGUGGCUCACAGGACUCUGGGAAGUAUGUUUACCGGCAGAUGAAGAAGUUCAUAGGGUGAGGUACAAAAGGGUCUCCAGUGCAGGAGCUUCUGUCCUCAUGGAGCCUUGAUGUGCCACCCUCCAGGCAUGUUUACAAAUAUAGAGGCUCCUCAAUUGUUCAAGAGUUUUUAUAGAGCUUUAAUUUCCAGCUCCAGCACUUUCCCAAGGGGAUCAGCGGAGGGGAUUCAAGUUCCAGCCCUCUAAUCCUGGUGUGUCUGAUGACCAUUCCCCAUCCUGAUUAGGGUCCCCCCGCCAAUAUACCUCAUUAGCGUAAAUUCAGGUGCUCAAAAGGGGGCUCCUUAUGAAAUACACAAGAUACUCCUAUAUUCCAGGAGUUAACAAGGGUUGUAGGAGUUAUGUGCCAGGAACAGGACACAUGGGACCAAGACCAAAUAUAUUUCUUCUUGUAUCACAUUGAGUAAGUAUUAAGUUGGACUGUGAUGUGCACAAGAAAUCAGCAAAGACAUUGCAAAGACAGAAAAAAUCUCACCCUGUUAUACAAACAGAACCCAUUACAUAUGUAUUUUUAAGAUAAAUAGAACCUGUCCUCAAGUAAGGUCACUUGACAGCACGUUUGUCACACACAGUUUAUCCUAACUUUAUGUUUGUUUGUUUGUUUUUUCCUAACUUUAUGUUUGUAACCGGAGUAGCCAUAUGUGUUAUUUUAUUGAUUUUUUAUAGAGGAAAAGGAAAUUUAUUUGUAUGACAGUACUUUUUGGAAUUAAAAAAUAUAGGUCAUGAAUGGAGGAGUAAGGGAGUCCUAGUGGCAAAAGAUGUGUAGUCUUCAAAGGGAUGGGGGGGUACUCAUAAAUUCUCUAAGCAAAAUGCUGUGACAGAAGAGAGGGGAGAAUCAACAGGGAGAAUUAAGCCUCUCAUUUCUAAUCUGUAUUUCACAUAGCUGAAAACACCAAGCUGACAUUUUAACAACUGAUGGAUCUACCUAAGAAGAUACCUUACCUAAAUAAUCUUUCAGGUAGGCAACUUAGAGUCUACAUUGCACGAGGUAGCCUAUUCAUGCAAAAUAGAAAGAGGGCUAUUGGCUAACCAGAAUUGUAAUUCCUUUUUGUCCUGUGUAUAAACAGUAUUGCAGAGGCCACUUAGGAACCCUGGCACUAGGUACUUUAUGAAAAGCUUAAAACUUCAUCCUUGAUGUUUCCUUUUCAAAGCUGUCCCUCUUUAUCCUCUUUGUAGACCUCCUUUCUUUUCCUUACCCUUAGGUUAUUCCGACUUGGCUGAAACUGCUGAAGUAUCCGUUGAGUUUGUAACUUUUUUGUGGGGGAGACCUAUUCCUGGAAGAUGGCCAUUCAACCCAGUUUUUAAAAAAUCUCUUGCAUUAGUUACUAACCAUCAUAUCAGUAAUUCCGAAGGGAAUAAGUAGUGUCCUUGAAAGGCCUUGUGAUGUGGUUUUUAUUUAUAUUGUGAGUGUCUGUGAGGCAAGAAGGUCCCAAAGUUCUUUACCCUGAUAUGGGCAAUUUUUAGGUAAUGUCCCAAUAGUUUAUGAUAGAUGUAAGGUAGGAUCAUUUGUUACCAAGGUAUGUGGUCCAAUUAGAUGACUGCCUGAAGUUUGGCCAAGUUUGUUUUCUUGUCCAUCCCAUUCUUAGUCUGGAACAUCCUAGCUUAGGAGUGGAAAGCAGCAACAUUUCACUGAGCUCCAUCGCAUAUGAUGGCUGGCAAUGCCUUUCAUACAAACUCUCAUUACUCUUGGCUCAUUUAAUCCAAAGGGGCUCCCCAGAUAGCUGAUGUGUUUGGGAAAGAGGUGACCUUCUCCAGUAACAUGGCAUCUGGCAUGGGACUGAGAACAUAGAACAUCUCCCCCUCUGCAGGUGGACACCUGAGGGCUUAGGUUUAGUUUCAUCCCAUCUUAAGGAGAACUUGGUAGCUCUUCCAAGCUUGUGGGGGUGCUAUUUUCAUGAUCCAAAGCAUUAUGGGCAGCUAGGUUGGGAGAGUUGCAGGUUUGGGUUCUAUGUGGGGUCUCUUUACAUCCAGGAGAGCCCAGUAGUAGCCAGUCAUUUAUCCUUUAAAGGUGCGUGGUAGAGAUGCCUGGGCGGCCAGUGGUUGAGCAUCUGCAUUUGGCCCAGGUCGUGAUCCUGGGGCCUAGGAUCAAGUCUUGCAUUGUUGGGCUCCCUGCAGGGAGCCUGCUCCUCCCUCUGCCU